AUGCUUACGAGGAAGGAAGAGAACGAGGAGCGUUGGAAAAGGGAAAAGGGCUUAUAUUCGCGCGGAGGUGGCCCGUGCGUAAGCGGUUCGGGCACCUGGCCCGUGCGUUGGGCACACAAUCUACGAGAUAAUCGCGAUACUGCUAAGGCCGUACCUCGACGUCGCACCCCAGUCGAGGAGCUACACGAGACAGUUCCCGAAGCUCCUAGCGACACUCCCGAAGUCACGUUGCCUGUCACCGAAACCAUUAAGACGGGCGCAACUCCGCCGAACUCGGCGGCGGCAAUGGCGGAGGCGAUGAUGGUCCUCCUCCUGGCCGUGUUGCCGCGCCUGGCGGAGACGACCCUGGAGAUGAUGGCGGCGACUCUGAUGAUGAUCCUCCGAAACGCAACAACAAUGACGAUCAUGGCGUCCGUUUCCCUCGUGAUCAGCGCGACCAACGCGACUCACGUGACCAGCGUCGCGAUCGUGAGACUCGAGGCUACCGCCAACAAACCCUCGAUAUUAACGUAUCAACCCGUCCACAGGGAGAUCGUUUCCCUCUCAAGCGAGAGAUGAUCGGAGUUUUUGAUCACUAUCAAAAGGACCCAAAGAAUCAAGGCACUCUCUUUAACUUAAAGCUGACAAUCUUUACUGACGUCUACGCAUUCACGGAGCGCAUUGAGGCCCUGAGUCUUCGUGACGCCCAUCAAUGAUUCUGGGAGCGUGUGCAAGCGCC